AUGAACGGGCUCACGAUGAUGGAUGAGAACGAUGGCAACAUUAAGAGUCCGAUGCGGCGACUAGGAUCGACGAGGAAGCUAAAUCUCUUCAACAACAUUCGACAGCAGCUCAAUGAACAGCUCAAGUUUCUCGAUGUGCGCAUGGAAGCGCAGAUCGCGUUGGUGCAAGAGCUGCAAGAUUUCUUCCGGCGGCGCGGCGAAGUGGAGCUCGAUUACAGCAAAAGUUUGGACAAACUAACCAAGAGCCUGCAACUGCGCCACAAGGAGCAGCGACAAAAACGGGAGCAAUGGCCCAUGUUCUCAUCGUACUCCUGCUGGCAGCAGCUGAUCAACCAGACCAAGUCUCUGUCGCGGGACCACGCGGCAAUGUCGGAAAUAUAUUCCACGCACCUUGUGGCCCGCCUGCAAACGGUGUGGGACGAUGUUCAGCGAAUUUACAGAAAGUGCCGUGAGAUCGGGUUCGAAACGCAUGUCGAGAUAUUACGAAUUCUGCAGGAGCUGCAUACCAAUAUGAAAACAUACCACACCCUUCAGACGGAUGCGAAGGAAGCGGAGAAGAAACUGCGUGCGGCCGAAAACCAGCGCAUGAAACUGCAGCAGACCGUCCCGAAGGAGAAGCUGGAACGGAGCAAAAAGUAUCGACUGAUUGAGAAGGAGGUGCUGAAGCGCAAAAAUAAGUACAGCGACGCAAGACUGAAGGCACUGAAGGCGAAGAACGAGUAUCAGCUGUGUCUCGAGGCCUCCAACACAACGAUUCACAAAUAUUUUGUCGAGGACCUGAGCGAUCUUAUCGAUUGUAUGGAUCUGGGCUUUCACUCGGUAGUUUCGCGGGCACUACUCAUCCACGUAUCGGCCGACCAGGGACGUUGCAGGGCCGUGUUGCACAAUGCCGAAACCCUGUCGCACAUUGUCAACUCUAUGGACAGUCGGGCGGACAAACAGAAGUUUCUGGAGCAGCACAGUGCCGCCUUCAUGAUACCGAAACGACUCGAGUUCCAAGGCCAGGAAGAGGAUGUCGAGCCCGAACUGCAGAAGGCGCUGCACCAGGAGAUGGAAUCUCGCUUGCAGCAACUGGAGCAGCGUGUCAACAACUUGCGCAUGGAGUCGGAAGAAAUCUGGAAAACGUUGGAAACGGCCGAAAUCAAUCUAUUGGACAUUCUCAACACCAAGGACUAUGAUUGCACUGGUGCCUUCGGUGACGGUGCAGUUGCAUUCCAAAAGGCCGAAAAUGUUUCCGUCAAGUUGCGAUCCGAUAAGAACGAAAUCGAGGAGUUCUACAUUACGAAAAUCAGAGAAUAUAUUCUGGCCACAUCACGAAUAGCGAGACUGGACUCGAAGGCCGAAUAUCUGCGCAACGCGCUGGCGAAGGAUUCAGCCAUCAAAACGGACACGCUCGUCAAAUCGAACGUCCCCAAGCGGAAGCGUAUUGGGCGUAUGAACAAAUCGGGCCGACCGAAACUAUUUGGCGGUUCACUCGAAGAGUAUCUCGAAGUAUCCGGGGAAGAAAUACCGCUCAUUCUACGAAGCUGCAUAAGAGUCAUCAAUCUCUACGGAUUGCAUCACCAAGGCAUAUUCAGGGUGUCAGGAUCUCAAGUAGAAAUAAGUAACUUUAGAGAAGCAUUCGAACGCGGUGACGAUCCGCUGGCCGAUAUGACUGACGCGUCCGAUAUCAAUUCCGUGGCCGGUGUGCUGAAGCUCUACUUGCGAGAGCUACGAGAACCGCUGUUUCCAUUGAUAUACUUUGACCAUUUCGUACAGCUGGCACAACUGGACUCCAAACACGACAUAGUAUCGGGAAUACGAAAGUUCUUCCAAAGUCUACCAAAGUCCGUUGUCGUGGUUAUUAGGUACCUGUUCGCAUUUUUGAACCAUCUCUCGGAAUAUUCCGACGAAAAUAUGAUGGAUGCGUACAAUCUGGCGAUUUGUUUCGGACCAACGCUAAUGCCUGCACCCGAGGACAAGGAUCAGGUGCAGUAUCAGAAUCAGGUGAAUGAACUGAUCAAAAACAUAAUCGUACACCACGCGGAGCUCUUUCCAAAGGACCUGGCCGGAAUGCAUUACGAAAAGUUUAUCACAUCCGAAGCGUUUGAAGAUAUCGAUGUUGGUGAAUCGCCUACCGAGCAAGUUUCUGAGGAUCUAGACUCGGAAGUUUAUCCAUCCGAGGAUGAGUCGGACACUUUUGAAGCAAUUGUCCAGUUCGAUUUCAAUGCCCGAUCCGAACGCGAGUUAUCGUUACGCAAAGGAGAUACUGUGAUACUAUACAAUCAGGUUUCCAAUGAUUGGUGGCGUGGUGCUGUCAAGGGUAAAACUGGACUAAUUCCCGAUAAAUACAUAUCGCUUAAAAUCAAAGAUGAAGAUCGCGACAAGAGCGAGCAUUUGAAAUCAUCCAGCUCCGAAGAAUCCGUUCGAAAGCGUCGUCCCAGUGGAAACAUUUCGCUCAACAGCCAGCUUUCGAUCUGCACACAGAACUCCAACACACUUUCAAACAUCACGAGCGGAAGCGAUUACACGGCAUCAACCAUAAGUGCUACAAUAGCUCCCGGAGGUGGUUCGGGUUCCGCCGGUGAAGGCGGCAUCGGUCCAUCGGGAAGCAAUUGUGGAGGAUCUGCGGGUGCACUACUGUUGAGUGGUCCAUUGGCGUCACCGGGGCAUCCUCAGCAUCAGAGCGUGCAGCAUCCCUCACAGGCAACCACGGUAAACCAUCCACCGAAACAGAUGCCACAAGUGAGCACAGCCGUCACCCAUCAACCACCUUUACCGGCGGCAACACACCACACGUUACCGGUGAUUGGCGACAAGCUGGGAACCGACCUGAAGGACGUCGAUUACAUCCACUACGAUAGUGUUGAUCAUUUGAAAACGUCGGCAUACAGCUACCACGAUGAACCGCACUCUUUUGAAAACUCUUUCGAGUUCGUCGAGGACAUGAAUCAUUUCACAUACGAGACACAGAAGCCAGCGGAACCGAUAUAUGCCGAGCCCACAAAAAUCACUAUCAACCGUGAGAAAACGUCGGCGAGCGACACGGAUACUAGCAGCAACACUAACGACGAUGACACCGACAGUGUGGAGCUGCGUCCGAGGCUUGGUGGCAUGGGUGACCCUUCGGAACAUAGCAAAUCAACGCUGGGGUUGAACCGUCGAAGCGAAACGACUCUUUCCGCUCCGAAACCGACUGGCAGUAGUGAAGCGGAACAAUCGAAACCAUCUGGUUCCGAGGAGCAUUUCGAACCACCGAAACCGGCAAGAAAGUAUCAUUCGAAAAGCUUUAGCUUAUCUGAAAACAAGCUCUCGUUGGCGAUUGGUGGAGUAGGUAUGAGCGGAACGACCGGGAACGUGUUUCAGCACAAUCGGGAUCUGUGGCAGAAACGUGCGACACAGAGCUCCUAUCAGAACUUGACGACAUCGCGCAUCUUGAGCCGAAAUCGUAUUGCCCCCGAUCUGGUGAUGGACCUUCCACCGUCGGCCAUCGGUAAAGAGGAGGCCAUACGUGUUUCGCGCGAGUCGCUCGAUGCGGAACUGGAGGAUAUGACAUCGGCGGAACGCUUCGCGGCCCAAAACCAGUGCACGCUGAAGAAAAACGAGCGUUUUUCGAACGAAUCACCCGUGUACGAAAAUAACACGGCCAAGAAAGAGGUUAAACUGGACGCGAAAGACUCGUCGGCGGUUGUGGAGAAGCCGAAAGUGGAGGUGAAACCACAGGAUAUCAGUAUUAAGAGUUCCUGCGAGACAUCUGUUGCUGUUAGCAUGAGCGUAGACAAUUCGAAGAUUAUCGAGCCCUGCCCGAGUAACGAGCCCACUGGCCCAGGAGUAAAUAUAAUCACUUCUUCGAUUGCACCUACUGUUACCCUGGAAGAGACCCCGGAAGGACCGGCGUCUUCGAUCGUGGCAUCAGCUAGCGGUACCGAUCUGGUCGGUGCCGCCGUACCCGUGAAAGAACUGAGCAAAAGUCCCAUUCCAGCGCGAAAUACCCAGAAGUUUGUUUCGCAGUUUGCCGAUCUGCAUCUCACCGGAGGUUGUCUGAUGAAGACCAGCGAGGGAACAUCGGCGGCUGGAGUUGCGUCACUUACGCAGGAGCAGCAGGCAAAGAAUCUGAGUUCGUUCAAACCGCAGGUUAAGUUUAAACCACAAAUUUUGAAGAAACCCCAAGUGUUGCCUCCACAAACCCCGGAGAUGCAGCGUCGCAAUGCUGACUAG